AUUCACAACCUAAAGCCUUUGAACUUCAAACACUAGUGUCUUACUUACAACCUUUUUUUUCACAUCUUCCUCGUCAAAAGUAUCAAAACAUAAUGGGUUUUCGUUUAGCUGGUAUCAGAAAGAUGUCUCUUACAGCUAUUCAAGCAUCUUCAAAAGCCAUGGAUGUGCCAAAGGGCUACCUUCCAGUCUAUGUUGGAGAGAAAAUGAAGAGGUUCUUCAUCCCUGUAUCAUAUUUGAACCAACCUUCUUUUCAAGAUUUGUUGAGUCAAGCUGAGGAAGAAUUUGGGUAUAACCAUCCAAUGGGUGGUCUCACAAUUCCUUGCAGAGAAGAUGUAUUCUUAGAUACCACCUCUCGCUUGAAUAGGUGCUAGUUCCAUGAUGAUGAAACAGACAUAGAUGUAGACUA